AUGGAGGUCCGAUAUGCUCUCUUAAAAAGGGCAAAUGGUUAUAAGCCAUUUUUAUACAACAUAACAUUCGAUGCUUGCGAAUUUUUACGAUCUCCUAAUAAUCCAGUAACAAAAGUAGCGUUCACAUUGGUUAAGAAACAUACAAACCUGAAUCAUACCUGUCCUUUUGAUCAUGAUUUGAUUGUGGAGAAACUUGAUUCAAACUAUGUGGCAAAUAUACUAUCACGUUUACCUUUUCCGAGUGGAGAUUAUGCAGUCUAUUCAACAUGGUUUGCUUAUGAUAUUCCACGGGCUGAUGUCAACAUAUACUUAAAGGCUACAGAUUAA